AGAAGAGGCGGGGUCACGGGGCAGCGACCGCGGGCGCGAAGGGCCGGCCUGGGGUCCCCGGCGCGCGCCCCGCGUGCUCGGCCCGGCGGCGGCCCCGGCAGGGGUCCCCAGGGGCCGGGAGCAGGGCCUAUGGGCGGCUUCGUGGCGGGGCCCGACUGCUGCGGAGGCCUCUGCAACAUGGACUUCAGGCAGACCUCUGCGUUAUGACCUGGCUGCUGGGCUACGUGGACCCCUCAGAUCCCCACUUUGUGGCUGCUGUCCUAGCCAUCACUUUCAAUCCGCUCUUCUGGAAUGUGGUCGCGAGAUGGGAACAGAAAACCCACAAGCUGAGCAAGGCCUUUGGCUCCCCCUACCUGGCCUGCUACUCCUUGGGGGGUGCUAUUCUGCUCCUGAACAUCCUGCGCUCACACUGCUUCACACAGGCCAUGCUGAGCCAGCCCAAGAUGGAAAGCCUGGAUAACCCCACAGCCCACCGCGUGGCCCUCAUGCUCCUGGGAGUGGGCAGCACACUCGUGCUCUCCAGCUUCUUGGCACUGGGCUUCACCGGGACCUUCCUAGGUGAUUACUUUGGGAUCCUCAAGGAGGCGAGAGUGACCACGUUCCCGUUCAGCGUCCUGGACAACCCCAUGUACUGGGGCAGCACAGCCAACUACCUGGGUUGGGCCCUCAUGCACGCCAGCCCCACCGGCCUGCUGCUGACUGCGGUUGUGGCCCUCAUCUACAUGACCGCCCUGCUGUUUGAGGAGCCCUUCACUGCUGAGAUCUACCGGCAGAAAGCCUCCCAGUCCUACAGGAGACGCUGACUGGGCCUGCAGCCACUCUGCUGAGGGCCUGCCACCUGCCAGCUCGCCAGGAUGCCAAGCCCUGUGAUGGGAGAAGGGCGCCGGCCACAGCUCGGAGCUCGCGAGGGCAUGGGCUGCUCCAGCCACUGUCCUGGGGGCCUGAACAUGCUGUCGUGUGGCCACUGAGCCCCCUGACCCGCUGCCCCCACCACAUCCCAAAUCACUAAUAAAGGUGCCCUGACCC